AUGGGCACGUUAUUUGUGGUCGGCACACCUAUCGGCAAUCUGGAAGACCUUACCCCUAGGGCCGCAAGAAUCCUGGGACAGGUGGACUUGAUCGCCGCCGAAGACACCCGGGUGACGCGCCGGCUGCUGAGCCACUUGGGAAUCAAGACGCCCCUGAUCAGCUACAACGAGAACAACCGGCGGGAACGGCUGCCAAAGUUAUUGGAGACCUUGGCGUCCGGGAACGUGGCGCUGGUGACCGAUGCGGGUAUGCCCGGCAUAAGCGACCCGGGAACGGAGUUGGUUGCCAGGGCCGCGGAGGAAGGCGCCGCCGUGGAAUCGGUGCCCGGAGCAUCGGCCGUAACCACCGCCAUUGCCGUGUCAGGUCUUCCAGGCAACGACUUCCUGUUCCUGGGGUUCCUGCCGCGGAAGCGCCGGGAAAGGUUGGCCCGGCUGCACGACCAAGUCUACUCACCUCACACACUGGUCAUAUUCGAAGCGCCCCACCGGGUCUUGGCCACCCUGGCGGAUAUGGCCGAGGCAUUGGGCGACCGGCGGAUUUCGGUCUGCCGGGAACUGACCAAGCUGCAUGAAGAAGUGUUCCGCGGCACAGUCAACGAAGCUAUCGCUUACUUUCCGUCGCCCAGAGGAGAGUUCGUUCUGGUCAUUCAAGGCAACUUGGAACCCUCCGGGUCCACCGACCCCGCCGGGGCGCAACUGUCCGCCGCCCGGGACCGGCUGGCUGAAUUGCGGACCUUGGGCGCGGCGCCCAAAGACGCCGUUUCCCAGGUUUCCUCCGGUUUCGGGCUGCCGAGAAACACGGUUUACCGUUGGUGGAUAGACUUGGAGCGGCCAGACAGGCCCUGA